CGUUGUGUUAGAUAUGUUAAGAGAUUGAGCCAAACGAGCCGUUCGCAGUUUUACGAAUUUGUCGUGCGUUUUGUGUUGUUUUACGGACUUUACGCAUUUAUUUUGGAUUAAGUGUUUAAUACUUUAAGUGAAGUGAAUUAUGCCUAUUACAAUAAUGGCCAAGAACUAUUCGCAUUGUCCGUUGAAAAAGCGGCCGAUUAUUUUCAAAGAAGACGAAAUCCCCGAGGAGCCCGAAAAUUUAUCGACGAAACCUGAGGACUUGAGCCGGGCAGGACGAUUGGCUUCGGUCUCACCGCCGUCAUCCCCGAAUUCGUCACCGGCACCUCUGUCGCCGGUUUCAUCGAUAUCCAUUGCUUCACCCCCGUCUUCGCCGCCGAUAUCUUCACCCUCACCGACUGUUUUUUAUCCGACUCAACCGAUCAAGGUUGAAUCUCGCCUGCCUUACCCAACUCCAAUAAGCCCGGAGUACGCGCCUCAAACUUGGCAUAGAAGUGUGGCGCCUAUUUAUCAUCCGACGGCCUACCAUUAUAUGCCGUAUACUCACUACCCCCAUGAGAAUUUAUACAUGGCACCUACGUCUCCAUACAGUGACAGUUCCCUUUCACCCCCGCAUCAUUCGCAUCACGUUCAACAGCCUUUGCAACCGUUAGCGUUUAGGCCGACGGUUUAUUCGUCAAUGGACCAGAGUUCUCUGAGUCCCAACAGCUCCACAAAUUCACCACCUCCUGUCUCGGUGCCGGCAGAAGAUCUCUCCGAAAAACGACGCCAGGGUGUGAGACACCAGUGUCCGGAUUGCGGCAAGAGUUACUCCACUUUCGCCGGAUUGUCGAAACAUCGGCAGUUUCACUGCGCGGCGGGCGACGGUCCGAAAAAGUCCUUCAGUUGUAAAUACUGCGAAAAGGUAUACGUCUCGUUGGGCGCCCUGAAAAUGCACAUAAGAACGCACACUUUGCCUUGCAAAUGUACCAUCUGCGGCAAAGCAUUUUCGAGGCCGUGGCUCCUCCAAGGCCAUAUCCGCACCCACACAGGUGAGAAACCCUUUUCGUGCACGUAUUGCAACAGGGCAUUCGCCGACAGGUCGAAUCUCCGCGCUCAUCUACAGACCCAUUCGGACGUUAAGAAAUAUUCUUGUACGUCAUGCAGCAAGACCUUCUCGAGGAUGUCUCUUUUGACGAAACACACGGAAGGCGGUUGUACCGGUUCGAGUCCUACGUUAUUACAUAACGACAAAAUGUACUAGAUUUUUAGUUUUGUCUUUUAAACUUAAGUUUUUUACGUUGUUCCGCGCGCACGCACAUCUCAGAACAUUCCUCGUAUUCGGUUCCUUUUUUGCUACUCAUUAUUUAUUUUGUCGGAUAUAGUGCCUUUGUAAAGACUGAAUUGCCGAAAUUUGUACAAAUCUAUUGAUAUAAAUGUACAGUUAGUUAUAAGCAAAAUUUUACAUAUGUAACAUUUAUAUGUAUGUACAAAAAAGUGUUUCUCGAAAAUUGUUUGUACUCGCCUAAGCCAUGUGAACUUUUCAUAAAUUGUGGAAAUCGUUCGCAUUACUAUCUAGUCAAACGAAGUCUGGUUGACUUCUAUUAUGUUAUCCUUAUGCCAUUGUAU